UAAGUACCGAGCUGCUCCUGGACAAGCGUAGAAGUUCAUAAAAGCAAGAGCGACGCGCGUCUCCACAAAAGUUUCCAAUAAACUAAAGAGAGCGCAGUAUUUUGGCCCAGGAGAAAUAAGAAGUUUCACCGCUGAUCCAAAGAAGAAUAAAAACCAGAAUGCCAGGUGAGCGGCUAACAGUUCGGAACCCAUCUGAAAUCGGGCGUUUCCCCGGAGCAGCUCCGCCCACUAGGGUGGAAGUUACCAUUCAGAGUGAAGUAGGGAAGAAGCAGGAGGAGGGAGGCUGCCGUCGCUGGUUCAGGAAGAUCUGUCCAUGCUGCUGUAAGCGUCAGAACAGUACCUCUUAUGAUGUCACAGAUAAGGUGGAAUACACCAAGCCUGAGACCCCUGCUGCUGUCACGGUGCCUGAGCCUGUCAAACCAAAGCCUGAGAAUGGAGAAAUGAAGGAAUUCGAAGAAGUCAAGCUGUCAGUGUGCUCGGUGGACCUUCUGAGUUCCAAGACUGGUCAGAAUAGAAUGGAGCAUCACACUGAUCUGUACCAGGGGGACGAGCUGAUCAUCCGCAGAGGACAGACCUUUCAGAUCGAAAUAGAGUUCAACAGGCCCUUCAGCGCUGACACGGAUAAGGUGAACUUGGAGCUGAAAACAGGUCCCUUGCCCCUUGUCUCUAAAGGGACCCAUGUCAUCAUUCCAAUGGUGGACCACCUAGAGGAUGAACGCUGGGAGGCCAAGAUCACAGAGCAGAACGGCAACAAGAUCAGGCUGUCGGUUAACUCCCCAGCCAACAUGGUGAUCGGCCUGUACGGGCUCACCAUCACCACUCGGUCUGGGAAGGACGAGGUACCGACAAUUCACAAAUCCAACAAGGACAUCAUCGUGCUCUUCAACCCUUGGUGUGAAGAGGACACUGUCUUCCUGGAUGAUGAAGAGCAGAGGAAGGAAUAUGUGUUGAACGACACUGGGAGGAUUUACUACGGCACAGAGAAGCAAAUUGGUGCCCGCACCUGGAACUUUGGGCAGUUUCAUGAGGGAAUCCUGGAUGCAUGUCUGUUCAUCCUGGAGAAGAGCGAUAUGCCUCCAUCCGGCCGAGGGGAUCCAGUCAAUGUGGUCAGAGUCAUAUCUGCCAUGAUAAAUGCCCAGGAUGAUUAUGGAGUUCUGGUCGGGAACUGGUCUGGGAACUACUCUGACGGCGUCUCUCCUGCAGGCUGGAGCAGCAGUGUGGAGAUCCUGCGGAAAUACCAUUCCUCCAAUGGCAUACCCGUGAAAUAUGGGCAGUGUUGGGUCUUCUCCGGGGUCACUACAACAGUGCUGCGCUGCCUUGGCAUCCCUGCCCGUAGUGUGACCAACUUCCAGUCUGCGCAUGACACUGAUGUAUCCCUCACCACAGAUAUUUACUUUGAUGAGAAUUUGGAGCCAAUUGACAUCCUUAACAGAGAUUCUGUCUGGAAUUUCCAUGUAUGGAACGAUUGCUGGAUGGCAAGACCAGACCUACCUCCUGGGAAUGGGGGCUGGCAGGCUGUUGACUCCACACCGCAGGAGACAAGCCAGGGCACCUUCCGCUGUGGCCCUGCUUCUGUCAUUGCCAUCCGCUCUGGACAUGUCUACCUCAAACAUGACACACCUUUCGUCUUUGCUGAAGUCAACAGUGAUAAAAUUUACUGGCAGAGGAACCUUGAUGGUACUUACUCCCAGAUCUACAGUGAAAAGAAAGCUGUUGGGCACUGCAUUAGCACCAAGGCAGUGGGCUCUGAUGAGCGUGAAGACAUCACACACCUUUACAAACAUCAAGAAGAAUCUGAGGAGGAGCGCAUUGCUGUGGAGACAGCUUGUCGUUAUGGCAGCAAGCCAGACGUCUACUGUGCACCUGCAGCUGAGGAUGUGAAGGUGGAGGUGAAGAUAGAUGGCGAGGGGCCCAGGAUGGGCAGUGACGCCAAGCUGAGCAUUGUGGUGAAAAACCAGAGCUCACAGCCCAGACAGACAACUCUACACAGCCAGGUGGCUGUAAUGUACUAUACGGGCGUGCUGAAGAAUGCUAUCAAGAAGGAUAAGAUCCCUGUGGAGCUUUUGCCCAAUGAAGAAAAAGUUAUUGAAUGGAUCUUGCCCUACCAGCAGUACCAGAACCAGUUGGUGGACCAGGCUGCUCUGAUGCUGACAUUGUCAGGGAGAGUCAGUGAAACAAAGCAGGUGUUGGCCAAUCAGACAACUUUCAGACUCCGUACACCUGACCUCCAGAUUACGCCUCUGGGUGAAGCUGUGGUCGGGAAGGAGAUGUCGGCUAAGAUUACCUUCACCAACCCGCUGACUCGUAUACUGAAGGAUGUUGUGUUCAGAGUGGAGGGCUUGGGCCUUCAGAAAGGCCAUGAAGUAGUUGUAGGUGAUGUUGGAGGCCAAGCUACAGUAACCCUGACGGAGCAUUUCAUCCCCAACCAACCUGGACCCAGAAAACUGGUGGCAUCCCUUGACUGUAAACAGCUGACACAAGUGCACGGAGUCGCUGACAUUGUUGUUUCCGAACAAUGAGAGUUUUCAUAUUGAAUUCUUCUACCUUAAGCAGUCCUAUUUACCUCUUACUGCUACCAGUUUAAACAUUUGUUAUUCUGAAUUGUGAAAUAUUGACUAACCACUGUAGCAUUAUCAGUAUUAUCAUAUAUUUUUUUAUCUAUUAUAAACUAAGCACUUCUGAAUUUCUCUAUUAAUGCAUGCAGUAGCCCUGCAUAGCAACAGACGCUUUAAUUAACAUGUUUUAAAUGUAUAAAAUUAUUCUAAUACUACUUAAAUGUGAAAUAGUGAACAUAAACGUGAAGGUUCACAGUGGGGCCGCUUUGUGGUUGUGUAAAUACUUUCUAAGUGUAGGAUUCAUUCAAAAUGUCUUAAUGUGAAAAUUUUUGACAAAAUUAACUUUAUAUGGCUUAAAUGAAGGAAGAAUCCUCUUUAGGAUGUAUUUAGAUCUUUUUCAGACGAUCAAAGUUCCUUUGCAGAAAUCUGCAAAUAUAUCAGCAUUGUCAGAUUAAACGGUCUAAGGCUGUUAAAAUAUAAAAAAUAAAUAAAGAUCCAAAUCGUUUCACCAAAGGAGGAAAUCGGACACUGAACCGUAGCUUAAUAUGAACUAAUUUUAAUUAAAACGCCUCUAAGUCAGUGCCGCAAAUAACCUUUGUUUGACUGCAACAUUGAACACCCCUACACCCCACCCAAAAGUUAUUCUGUACUUCCUGUUUUUCUCCAUCUGGUCACAAUAAGACUGACAUCUGACUGAGUGUUGGCCUAGUGGUUAGAGUAGUGCGCUUGUGCUCUGAGAAGGUUGCAAGUACCUAGUUCGAUCCCCAUAGCCUGCACUCUGGGUUCCUGAGCAAAACUCUUAUCCCCACACUGCUCCGGGCGCCACGCAAUGGCAACCCACUGCUCCCCAAGGGGAUGGAUUCAGUGCAGAGGGUGAAUAUCCCUAUUGUGGGACAAUAAAGGGAUUUUCACAUCUUUUUUGCAUAUUGCAGAUAAAUUACUAAUUUAAGUAGAGAUGAUUUACACAGAAGCACAGGAGAAGACGAUUCUUAUCUCUUUAGAUAUUUGUGAUGGUGGUGGUGGGGUAUCUUUUUUUUAAACCUCUUCACAUAUUUAAAGCCCUUGAUUUGCUGAUUGAAUGUCUCAAAACUGUAUCUCUGAAUCUAUUUUUUCCCUUUUCUACACCAAGAUUAUUUUCUUUACACCAGAUUGCGG